AUGAGUGCAAACAAAGAAAAUAGAGAUAGCAGUAUCAUAUCAACAGUUUUAAAAGAUGAAAAACUAUUAUUAUUUAUAUUAUCAAAAGUUAAGGAUUACAGAGGUUACCAACGAUCAUUGGUGCCUGUAAGCUUUACGAGAAAGAAUAAAUAUGAUAUCAAAGAGAAAGAUAUUCAAGAAGAUGUUGAAAUGUUAGAUGAAGAAGAAGAAGAAGAAGGUAAUGAAGAGAAAGAGGAAGAAGAAAAUGAAGAGGAGCAGCAGGAGGAAGAGAAUGAAGAUCAAUCGAAAAAGAGAAAAUCAGAAGUUUUGGAAGAAGAGAAAGAAGGAGGAGGAGAACCAAAUAAUGAUACUCAAUCAUCGGCGGAGGAAACCUUCUCAGAACCUGUGUUUCCACCGAAAUACAAGUUAGAUGGUCACGGUUAUUACUAUCAUCCUUCAUCGAUAAUCAAGAGUUACACCGUGCAGUAUCUCGGUUACGAUGAAAUUGUGGAUGCCUACCAGAUGGUUAUCAACGGUAAUUUUGGUGUGUUACGAGACAAACUCAAGAGAAACCGAAACCUCAAUUUCAAAUCGGUGACCGAUGCCAGACAAUUCAUCAGAAAACUUGCCGGCCAACCUGAACUUUUUGAUUUGCUCUGUUCCAAGUUUAAUUACCGACUCAAUUACAUCUCUUUGGAUCUGUGCUUUGAAAUGGGCGUAGACCAGUCAAUUAUCAAGAAGAUCCUCAGUACCAAUUCGAAUCAUUACUCAAACAUCAAAUCAGUGUUAAAGUACAGAAGAUUCGAUUUCCUUCCUAGUUUGAAUCUAAACAAUAUGGACGCGAACGAUGGUUUGGCGAUUGUGUUGGCUGCUAUUGAAAUGGGAAAGAGUACACUCGCAGCCAUCGCCUCUAAACAUCCAAAUGUCAUUAGAUCGUAUGCACAAGACAAACAAGUACUUGCCAAAUUGUUGGAGAUCGGUGAUUUGGACCUGCUGAGUUGGUUCCACCAGGAGUAUUCAUUGAGCAUUCACCAGGAUGUAUUGGAUAAGUACAGAGUUUCAGAUUUACAAUCUACAGUAAAAUCGGCAGAGAUCAAAGAGAAGCUAAAGAAGAUAUUGGACAUACCGUAUGUAGAGACCAAUCAGAGAUUCAUGGAGUUAGAGAUGGCAAAGUAUGGCAAUGGUGGUGUGGCGAUCGGCGAGAAAGAAGACAUGGAUGCCUACAUGAUUCGUCAUUAUCCAUUUGUUCUAAUGCAACAGAUUGAAUCGUUCUAUCCAGAGAACGAUAGUCAACUUCCAAUAGUACAGUAUCUCCACAAGAAUAUGAAAGAAGCAUUACUUGUACCCACUCUUCACUAUGCAAUUGGCAACCAUUUAACAGCGAUCUUGGAGUAUCUACUCGAGAAUCUAUCAAGCCGUACUGCCAGCUAUAAAAACUGCAUGAAGAUCGCACUGAAUUGCCACCAUCUCGAUAUCUUUGAGCAGAUUCUCAAGGUUGCCAUUGCCGAGGUCGAAGGUGAAACAUCGAAAACCAAAGCGUUGGCGAAAUACGUUCUCUCGGCCAUUAGAUCUAGAUCGUUGUAUCCAGCGCUCCAAAUAUAUUUCAACUAUUUUGGAUCACAGGUGCAGUUUAAAGAAAAUGUACUUCCAAGCAAUACCAGUUACAUCAUUGAGAACCAAAAGGCAAAGGAAGCAGGACUGGACUACGACAAUGUGGAGAACUACAUGAAUUUCUAUAAGGUUGGAAAAGAUGGAAAGUUUUCACUUGUUAAGCUCUACCUUGAGUUCAGCGAGGAUGACUAUGACGCCGAUAAGAUUGCAUCGUCAUGUCUUGGUGCAAUGGAGGGUGCUCACCUAGCUUUUCUCAAGGAAAUCAAAAAGUUAUUGCCAGAUUUCGUCUUUGAAAUCGAUAAGAAAUCAGAGAGAUCAUUGAACAGGUUCCAAACAAGAGAAUGUUUCAAUUACUACAACAAAGAGUUUAAACCAAAAGCAGCAGUUGUAAAUGUAAAAUAA